ACAGGCAGUGAUAAAGACACUGGAAAAUCCAAAUCAGCACCAGACACCCCCAGCUCUGGGCCAGCAGAGAGACGAGCCCCACUGCAAUGGGGAACCAGGAUAAGCACUGGAUUUUAGCCCUGCUUCUUUUGGGCUUUCUCGAGCCAUGUCUGGGAGCAGGAAACCAGCAGGUUACGUGCGACAGUGCGGCUGAAGGCACUUUUCAUGAUUAUGGUGCCAUGACUUUAAAUGGGAGCCAAUACGUCCCUUUCAGCAAAUACAGGGGGAAAACCAUCCUGGUUGUCAAUGUGGCUUCCUACUGAGGCCUGACUCUUCAGUACAUAGAUCUGAAUGCACUGCACAACGACUUGAAGGACUAUGGCUUUACCGUCCUAGGUUUUCCUUGUAAUCAGUUUGGGAAGCAAGAACCCGGAGACAACAGCGAACUUUUGGCCACAUUAAAGUACGUCCGGCCCGGGAAUGGAUUUGUUCCUGAUUUUGAGAUCUUUCAAAAGGGAGAUGUAAAUGGACAAAAAGAACAAAGCGUGUUCACGUUCCUCAAGAAUGCCUGUCCUCCCGUUGGUGACAGCUUUGGAAAUCCUACCAACAGACUGUUUUGGGAGCCCCUAAAGGUGAAUGACAUCAAGUGGAAUUUCGAGAAGUUUCUGGUGGGGCCUAACGGCAGAGUAGUGAAACGCUGGUACCCCAGGGUGAGUGUCACUGUAGUUAGAAAAGACGUCAUGGAUUACUUCAGAGCCCAAAGGAAGACACAGAAGCCAAGCUGGACAUGGUCAGAUUACUAACAGAAAUAAAAUCCACUCAUAAAUAUAUUAGUGAUGCCAGUUUUUAGUUUAAACAAUGGUCAGUGUUCUCUGUACAUGCCUCUUAAUAACGCUUUCUAUGCUUUUUGUAACGUUACUGUAUAUAUAUAUUUUUUCAGCUCAGUUUUAUCGUCAAUGCAAGGCAACAAUCUUUUUCCUGAAUAUGAAGUUGACCCCACAGUACCUAUCUGCCUCAGAAACAGAACCCCUUCUAGAAUCUAAUUUCAUCCCUGUCACUCAAAUGUUGGACAUUUCAAUCUAUGUCACUGCAAGAUUUUGGCUCAGGCAGCUCCCUAAUUGUAAAUGAACUGCAUUAUUGAAUAUAAUCAAGGAGUCGGCUUUGCUCAUCACCUGCAGUGAAACAGCUUAGAAAGUCCUUAGUUGAAGAAUUGAAGUUCCCAUGUACUUGCAUCCAGAGUAAUUUUCCAUUAAACGCACUGUUAUACUAUUCUAAUGUUUCUUAUUGUCACCCCCGCAUUUUGAAAUCUCCUGUUAACAUACACACAUAAAAUAAGUGUGGUUAAGACACAUUUUCAAAAACAAAACAAAACAAAACAUAAUAAUAGUAAACUGUUUAGCAACAACCUUGACCCAAAGAGAAAUGUAAAUGUUUAAAUGUUAAAUGUUUUAAGUUACUAAAGUUCUAAUCCAACACCCAACCAAUGGAAAUUAUAACGCAAACUAUUUUGGUAAUGGGAAAUUACAACUGUAAGUGAACUUAUCUCUGAUGCACACAGAUGUCCAAUAAAAAAAAAAUGUCCCAGUGAUGCAAUGUUAAAACUACUCUGUGUCACUUGUGCCUGCUGUCGCUUGCUUUGUUCCGUAACACUGAAGGCUACAGACAAGGGGGCGUUGGUUUAUAAGUGGGCAUGUCAGUGAAGGUGAGGCCUGAAAGCAGACACCCUGUGGGGCUUGACCUGAAACCCUCAGGAUCGGAGCAGCUCUUUAGUGCAUUCAAGCUACCCCGAACUUCCUGCGGAGUGAUGCCACUUUGUCAAACGCGCCUGCCUGUAUCUGUGGCCAUUCAGAUUUGUAUUAUCAGUUCAAUAAAGCAUUUAAACUGUU